CGGCAAUAGACAAGACAUGUGAUCUCACCGCAUCCAAAACAUGUGGUCCCGACAGGAAAACUGGUGCGGAAUACACCACUGGCAACAGAGAGUUGGUACAACUAAAGACAUAUCAUUCUCCAUUCCCUUUAUUCUAUCCAAACCUCUCAUCAAUAUAACAAAGCCGGUAAUACAUAUUUCCGGAGGUCAUCAACCCUACCCGAGUGUGACUCCAAACUUCAAACUCACAGUCAGUGCCAACAGUUCUGCGAAUGUGGACCCCAAUCUUUCACCCGCUUCCCGUUUCCCCGUUGGUAUAGUCCUCACGCUGCUACUCGCAUUGUUGGCGUUGGUAGCUAAUUUUGGACUGCUUUAUUUAACCCGCCUUACGAAACCGGCAUCACAAGGUAAAAAUUCCAGUUUCUCAAUGAGUGGACCAGCAACAACUUAUUAUUUGUCAGGAAGAAUGAGCACUAAUUCGGUUCAGUUGAAGAAGCGUGUCAAUCUCAGGCGGAUCUUUUCUUGUAUUGCUCCAAGAAAAUUGCAAGCAACGGCCACUUUGGACAUGCAGCUUGAUGAAUCAGCACCAGUUGGUCUUCCAAUCAGAAAAUGUGCUUCUUCUGUCAGCAUAACCAGGGUUGGCAUGCCGAUUACACCGACCAAUCCAUUGACUCCUAGAAGUCGAAGACAUCAGCGCUAUGUUCGUGGAAUUUUCGGCUUGUCCAUUAGCAAUAUUACAGUCUCAUUUAGUUUGCUCUUAUGGUGUAUUUGUACCAUUUUGGAUCGUAUAUACUUUAUCCCAUGGAUCGCCCUCCUUUUGGUUGCCAACAGCGCUAUUGCAGAUAUUGCCCAAUCUCUAGAGAUCAGUGCUGUACUCUGGAUUGCUUUGGAACGAACUCUGGGAAUCCACUGGCCCCGUGAACGGCGAUCAUCCAACUGCACGCCAGAUCAGACCCCACGACCAAGCUGGACAACCAAAUUCAAAUUGUUAAUUUGUGGACCUGUACAAGUGCGGCAUGGGUUUUGUAAUCAUACCUCUACUAGCCAUUCGGAUGGCAAGCGUGACAAUGCAGACAUUGUUUGUUACCCCACACGCAAUUCGCCCGUCUUUCAAUUCACAAACAGAAAAAUCUGGUUUAUGACGCUUCUAAAGAAAGUCAAAUCUUUUAUUCGGCUAGUACUCAGCUUGAUUCCUUUCACACUAUUCGUACUGGCUUCCGUGCCCAGUUUGAUCAGCUUCGUUCAGCAGAUUCAGAUGGUUGACAAUCAACUACAGGACUCUCGUGUGCACUACUUCUCACCUGACAUUAUGGCAUCUGAAGCUAGUCUAUUCCAUCUACAUGGCGGUACCAACCGCAGUAGGCAGAAGGCGAAGUUCAUAACUGUGAUCUACUACACAAAUACCAUUGUCUCGUCAUUGGUGAUAGGACAAUUUCUUGCUCCGCUGGCCAUUCUGAUCACGACCAAUUUGCUAAUUUACAAAAAGGUCGCCGCGCGUGACAAGCGAUUUUUUUCCAGACAGUCAAGUAACACAAGCAAAUCUUCCUUCGUUUCGGGUAGCUCUGUAACAGUCGUUGGCCCAUCCUCAGUUAAAAAGGGAUUGCUGAUGAAUGGCACCACUGGUACGGUUCCGCUACUGCGUGUGCUGGAAAGUAGCAACCAGGAUUUGCGAGUGGAUGAGGCUGAAAGUAUUCAAGAAAAGUCAGCUCCUACAGAACAAGAAACGCCAAAGCGAAACCUCUUGUUUGUGCCAGAAUUGCCCGUUAAAGAAUCGCUAUCGUGUUCUACUAAACCGUGCAAUGGCAAAUCCCUAAUAAACCAGCGACGCAGAAGCACUUCAGAACUAUGUGAUGAAGUGGAAUCUGAUGCGAUCAUCGCUCGCACAGAACUCAAAAACAGCUACAAUCGAAAAAUGUCGUUUGGGACACCACAGAUACGACGCAAGAGCACCAAUGACGUCUUUGUCAGCGUAUUUCACAGCCGAAACUCAGACGGUGCUGGAAGACCCGGAGAGGAACCUCUGUUGCUGCAAAUGUUGCGCCGGCAACAUCGACGAACUCUGCGAAUUCUGAUCAUACUACUUUUGGGUUUUGUCAUGUGUCGUGCUCCAAGGGCUAUUGUUCUUAUGAUUGGCUGGCUCCAAUCCCCUUCUCUUUGUUCUAACCUUUCUGGGGCUUACAUCUGGCUCUGGUACACAACUUUAUGGUCGCAGACCAGUGCAGUAUUGGAUACAAUUGUGUACGGCUUUUGGGGAAACCGUAAUUGCCGGAUUCACUUGAGCCGGUGGUGUUCCAAUCACUCUUUCCGUUUACCAUGUACAAGAUAGUUUCUGUUAUCUUGCGCUGAAGCGCUCACUUCCUUUAUGCUGUAAAUAUUAUAACAGUUCAUUCACUAUAUCGAGAACUCUGUUGGAAUUUAGCAAUGACCGUUUAUCACUUGCUGUGUAUAGUGUUGUGAUGUGCUGCUCACAAUUUUGCAGCGCAAAAUACGCAGUUAUAGCUUAUCUGAAGAAUAAAUGCAGU